UUUUAGUUAGUAACGAGAUUUCGAGCGCUCAACGUUGACGUCGCGGUUGAAAAUCAUCUAAGCGCCCUGGGUGAAUAUCGAAGAAAAAAAAAUUAUAAGCUUGCCACAGUGCGUAUUCCCUAUGCUGGCCCGAGAGUGGCUCGAGUGUGGCUCAGAGUGUGUGUGAUUGUGUGCUGGCGCAGACAUGAAGUGAAUAAGAAAUUGGAAAAGCACUAAAACAUAACAUAUACAUAUUUGAAAAAAAAGCGAAAAAAAAUCAAGAAAAAAUAAAAAUAAAAUCCAAAUAUAAAAAAAACGCAAAAGAAACGUGGGUAAGGCCAAAAGCGAAGCAAAAAAAAAACCACGGCUAAAUAGCAGCAACGGAUCGUCGAUAAUCAGAAAAUAUUUCUUUAAGCCCACUGCGCGCCAUCCAAACCAAAAAGCGCGAAAUAACAAAAAUUUUUCUUUUCGGCUUGUUUCGGCUACAAAAUAUAACAAAUAUGCACAGAACAGAGAAACAAUCGGACCCUUCCCUACGGAGGAGACUCUGCCUUGAAUUCCAUCGAGAGGAUUUUGGAACAAAUCUGCAAAUGUCUAGGAAAAAAUGCAAUAAUCAACAGCGCCGGGGACGUCGAAGGCGGGAAUGUGCUGGGAAUUCAUGGGGACUUUUUGGAUCCAUCAGCUUGACCAUUCUGAUGUUGGCCAUUUGCAUGGCCCACACGUCGAAUGCCGUGCCCACCAUUGAAAGUAGCAGCAGCAGUAGCAGCAACAUCGGCGCAUCCUCCACAACCGUCACGGUCGCGGUCACGCCGAGCAGCAGCAACGGAAGCAGCACCACGGAAUCCCCGACAGAACAGCAACAACCCCAGGGCCAAUGCCUGCUGGAAGGAGUCUGGGUGCCGGAGACGACGGUUCGAUGCGAGAAACAGGCCAACUGCCGUGCCAUCCAGCGCACCGGCCACUGUUGCCCCGAUUAUAAAUGCGAUUGUGAAAAGGAUGGGAAAACUUAUGCCAAUGGUUAUAAAUUGGUUGAUCCGGACACGCCGUGCACAGUGUGCUACUGCAAAGGUGGCGAUAUUGUAUGCAGCUCGGUGACCUGUUUCCGCCGUGACGACUGUAUGCCCAAAUAUGUGCCGGGUCGGUGCUGUCCGGAGUACGACAACUGUCCAAUUCUAGAUAAUAAUCCGCCGCUGGCCAGCGAGCCGCCCGUGAGCAUCAGCACCAUCAGCUCCACAGCGAAACCAGUGGCUGCGGCUCAGCCGGCGGGCUUUAACUGGAAUAUCACCAUCAAGGAGAUAACCAAGCCUACAGAGAUCCGUAUAACCGACGACAACAAGGCCAAACCGGCGAUUCCCACGCGGAAAACCAACAGCCUGGCGACCACCGAGGGACCAGGAUUGCCGGCAACUUUAAUCAGUUUGGGGGACAGCAGCGCUGCGGCAACAGUAGGCGGUACAUCAGCAACAUCAACAACAAGUGCCCCAAGCACUGAGCCAACAACAGCAACUGCAGCACCAGUAGCAGCAUCAUCAUCAGCAGCAACUGUUGCAACACCAACCGACACGGCAGCAACACCAAUAGUCAGCCAAGACAGCAACCAAAAAGCACUUCCAGUCACCAACAGCAGCAGUAGCAGCGAAAGCUUAAAGCUCAUCGCCUCCGUCGGCUACAUCGAGAGACCCCUGGCCCAGAGCAGCAAUGUGGUGGAGCAACAGGUGCGCCCGCUGGUCACCUACACCUCUGAUGGCCUACAGCCUUUGGCCGAGAACGAUCCCAGCAAGGUGAACAUCAAGCGGGAGUACACCACGGAGGGAGCCCUUGCUUCCAGUACUCAGAAAAAGGAUGACGAUUUGGAGCCUCUAAGCACAGGCAACGUCUUUCUCCAAAACGGCUUCAAGGAAUCACUGGUGGAGUCUUCGGAUGCGGAUCUUGAGCCAGACACAGCUGGCAGUGACAAUGUCUACCACAUUAUCUCAACCACCGAGGGUCCUGCCAGCUUGAACAAAAUCAGCACCGAUGCCCCAGCUACAAAUGUUUCACCAGCCGAAUCCACCCCUGCUAAUCCCAGUUUCAAAGAUAUUAGUACGGAAGGACCCGGAACAGCCAGCAGCGAGGUGCCACCAUCGAGCUCCCCACACCACUUGGACGUGGAGGAUGAUGUACCCCAGGUAGAGUCCAAUCCGGCCUACCCCUCCCUACCCGAGGACGACUUCAGUCUCCGGGAUGUGAAUUUUCCUUUGGUGGAACUGGAGGAUGUGGGAGACGUCGAAAAGGACGAGCCCAGAAGCAUAGUCAGUCCCUUUGACAUGGACAACCAUCACGUGAAGUUGGCUCCAGACGCAAACCUGGAUGGGAGCGGGAGUGGCAGCGGUGGGGGCAGUGGCGGUGGGGACAUAGAACUCUUCCAGGAGAAGGUCUCCACCACUGAACGCAUCGUGGCCGAUGCCUCCGUCGUCCGGGAAAAGAGCUCCAUGGUACCGCUGCUCAUGAACAGUGGGGAGGAUAUAUCCGGAGAGAUGCCGCGUAUCCAAAACAGCAGCUUUCUGCAGCUGGAAAAGAUUAGCCGCGGAGAGGAAACAGAGCUAGGCAGUGGGGAGAUCCGGGAGCCCAUAACCCCCCGAACCUUCCCAGUUUCCGGUCUGGAGAUAGACGAGCUGGGUUCCGGGGCAGGCCAGGUGGGCGGUGUGGACCCGAAAGCAGAUGCCGAAAGCCUCAAACUAGACGAGAGCCAGGAGUCGACCGCCUCCAAGGCCAGCGGAUCGGUGGACAAGUCUUCGGCGAGGGCCGAGAAGAGCUUCGUGGAAAGAGCCCUGCCCCUGGGACGCCUAUAUCUGCAGAGGAUCUACUAAGACCUAGCCAGGAAAAGUUGAAGGAUCAGCGUAAAAUUUUAUUGUAUGUACAUAUACCAUAAAGCCUAGUAGCUUGGAAGAGCACAUCGAAAAUCCAAACAUUCAAGUGAGCGAAAGUGUUAGGUUUAAGUAGCCAGAAAGAAAAAACGGGGGAAACAAAAUAUCAAGGACGAAAGAGAUCCUUGAAAGAAUUAUCGUUUCCAUAGACUGCAUAAUGACCAUCUGAAUUUAUCGACAUUACGAACGUAAUCAUUAGCGUAUGAUUAGCAAAGCUGGGCUCCCCAAAUGCAAUAACUAUAUGUUUCAUUAUUCAAAUUGCAAUUUGUAUUGCUUAGUUGUAUUUUUUAAUUUAUAUGUAUCGAUCUAAGUGCACAUGAAGAAAAAAAAAACAAAAAACCAUAAAAACCAUUGCCACGCCCACAAUCGAAAUUCAUCGAAUAAGUCGCAACAUUUACACCCAGAUGGAGGAGAA